UUUCUAAUGUUGUAGUUCGGAAUGCUUGAUGCCUGAUUUGAAUCCCAGAAAGUCAGUUUACAGACAUUUUGUACAACAUGAAAAUCUCGUCCUUGACACUUCAAAUAAUUCGCAGAUAUCUCUGUGUAUCGCGCGACACUCUGCGCUCGAUUUUCAACAACUAGAUUUAUGUACAUUUGGCUUGCUGUGCGAUCUAUCAUGUGGAGCUUAUUAUCUGAUUCAUAUAUAUAUUAUGCAUACAGUUCACAGCUCUGGAGUCCUUUAAGAUACCGUUUGGUGACUGAAAAAUAUAUCAAAAUCAGAAUUUACAUUUCAAAUCGUGGAUUGGCUCAAAUUGCUCCGGAUCGAUAGCUUGAUCUUGAGCUAGCUUAAUAUAGCUAGCGCGAGACAUCUGAUCUGGAGGCUAAGCCUCGCGUGCGCCAUCCCUAGAGCGAUGCAAGGCAGGUUUAAGCGAGGCAAGCGCGAGUCAUAGCUCCGAACUUUCUCUCAACUCCCCACACCAGUUCACCAGCUUUCUACACAUCAGCCGUCACCAUGGCUGACGAAGACGAGGAUGUGCCGAACCUGCAGGUUCAAAAUGUGGAGGAUGUUGAAGACGAAGAAGGUGGUCAGGAGUACCUGCGCACACUGAAUAAAUUAGCAGGUACUCCUCAGGGCGGCAGUAUGUUGAGUCUUCCCAAGCGUGGAGAGAAGGACUUUGAAUCGCACUCGACACAGCUCCAAGUUUCGACCCUCGAGACCUCACGCGCGGCCAUGCACAGCGUGCUCUCGUGGCAGCGCACGCACACUUUCAAGAACCACGUUAUCGCCAUGUACGACGAGCCUUCUAAUAUGGUGUGUGUCGAGAAAUGUAAGACAGCAUUGUUCAACACCAUGGGGCGAUCGAAGGGAGGGAAAGAGUGGCUUUUGCCAGAGGAAGCCCUAUUCAUGAUGGAGCGCGGGACUCUGGAUUGUCGGUGGCCGGUGAACGCUGAAGAACAAGACCAAGAAGAGGGAAGCGAAGCAACUCUCAACAUGCGAUUGGGGGCGCCGAUGAGUCUGCAAGGCGCGUAUGCCGCCUUCCUCGGCUUUGAGGGCGGUGUUGGCGGAAAAUUAACAAUGGAAAUGUACACUGUCUAUGCAGGUUUGAAGAGAGCGGGUUACGUAGUAUUCCGACACGGAGAUUGGGAUGACGACCACGCAGAACUGCAACCCCACAAUCCGGACGCCUCUGGCACAGGUCCAGGAAUCAUCUCUCGUUUCUUCGCCGAACUCUGGCGUCGCCUCACUCAGCCAACAUACCACAUCCCAGCCGCGAACCUCGCAUUCGGGCCACUCGUCAAGCCCGGUCUCUUUCGAUCCUACGCCGAUAUAUAUCGCCUCAUCCACUUGAUCCCCGCACAUACGAAAUCCACCCCACCGCAAUUCAUCCUACCGCCCGAUUCCUCCAAUCCAUACCGCAUCCACUUCAACGUGUGGAAGACAUCCUCCACCCACAAAUUCCGCAAAGCGAACCGCCCGCCACCCAGUUUCCGCGUCUGCGUAGUCAACGCCCGGGAAACCUCUAUACCCACAGCCGCACAGGUGAACGAUCUCUUCGCCACCGUACCAGACGAUCCACCCCCGACAACGAGCACCAACAUCUUCCAGAAGUUGAAGCACGGGAAGCGCAACAUCAUACUCGCAAUUGUGGACAACGGGAUCCCGAGUUACCUGACACUUACAGAUGCAUCUUUCUCGGAAGAGAAGGUCUAUGAGAGAGGUACAAGGGCGGGGCGAGGCAAAGGCGGUGGUCGAGGAAGAGGUGGUGGCAGAGGUAGAGGUCGCGGCAGAGGCAGAGGGAAAUGAGUCAUGUUGUACUCGAACCACAGUAGAAGAACAGCAUGAUAAGUAGGGAGGUGGACAACUCACAUCAUUACUUUCAUGAUCGAAACUGGAACUCGCUGUCUUCUGAUACAGCGCAGCUCCCUCGAGCAGAUAUGUCGGCUGUAGAGCUUGUCUAGUCUCUGCCUUGAU